AUGUAUCGGGUGGUAGUUAUAUUAGGGCUUGUGACGUCAUCAUUAGGUGGGUUCUUAGACGGCGAUUUGAUGCUUAUUGACGGUGUGAAAUUAGUUGGUAUACCAGUGUCAAACAGUUUGGAGGAUCAAGGCAGGUCGUUUGGGGAGAAUUCGGUAUUGUUCAGGAUGGCCAAGUUUUUGCAAGGACACGAGUUACACGUAAAACUACCCAAGUUGAUCGAGAAGGAUAAGAUCACGCAGAUAUUCUCCGAUACGCUGAAAGCUGUUGAUGAAUCUUACAAAGAUAAUUCUGUAAGCGGGCGUGGUAAGGGUGACGGUGGGGGAUCAGUGGCUCUUCUUGGUAUGAUGUUCGCGAAAGCCAUCGGCGCUGCUGGCAUUGGAGGCUUGGGUCUUCUCACUAUGAAGGCCCUCGCCGUGUCAGCUUUAGCUCUGCUUCUGUCAGCCGUCGUAGGAGUCAAGAAACUGGCGUCCCAUGAUGACCAUGACGACCACCAAGUCAUAUACGCUGGUCACCACGGACACCACAGAAGAAGAAGAGAUUUGACCACGCCUCUUCCUUACCAAGGGUGGGUGGAGUAUGCAAAAACGUCAUAGAAUAAGUUAGAUAAGGAAAUAGACAAACAUAGCCAUAAUGACUUGAUUUUAAACUUAAUAAUAACUUACAAAUAAUACAGGUUUUUAACGUAAACGUAACGUAUCACAUCAUUGUAAUAUGAUUCGAAACCUCCGAGAUAAAAAAAGGUACGUUUAAUGCCUGUAUUAUUAUUUUUUUAACUUUCCGUGACUUAUUUUGUCAUCAAUAUUUAAAAAAAAAUAUGCAGCUGCCGCAUAUGUACUUCGUUUUUUUCUUUGUUUAUCAGACCAUGAUUGGCAGCCAUUUUGUUUUGCUAGUGUAAAGCCGUUAAAAGACGAAUAUACCGCCAAAUAUUGCUGAAAUAAUAGUGACCGUUUCGAAAAGGAAACUACACAAGUACCUAUCAGUUAUAGAGAAUUAUGAGCUCUAUACUAUAAAGUCAAUGUCAAUAAAAUAACUUAUAUACAAAAAUGUAUAUGACAUGUCAAUGUUGCAUUGUUUGGAACGAACCGUUAUGAAGACCAGUGAUAGCUUUAUUGUUCCUACUAAAAACAUUUUAAUGGCCUGACACAGCUGGCUUUUGUGGUCGUUAAAGAAAAUAAUACCUUUUAAAGUGUAUUUUUAAUGUAAUUUUGUAUACUUGUACUACAUAUUAUUUAUUCUGUUGGUUUAUUGGAGAGCUACAAUUAAUGUCUUAUAAAAGUUCUCUACUUUCUUUAAAAAUUGUAUAAGUAAGGUACCACACAAAUCCUAUAUAAUACAUAUAAAUCACGGCCUGAUUCAAUGACCACAUCUAUACCGCUUACCAUGAUCAGUAUAUACUUACUUAUUUUAUUUCGUUCACAUUUUGUACUCUCUUCAUGCAAAUUCGUCGGUAAACUCUUGACCUGUUCUUUCGCUAGAAUGUCCCUUAUUAGGUCAAGAUACGGUCAUCUAAGCCUACCCCUUCCGACAAUCCCAUUCACAUUCACCUUGUAUUGUAUAUUGCUUGCAUUUAUCCUUCACACAUGACCAAACCAUUAAAGCUUCCCUUUUUUUCCUGUCACAAUAUCUUUUCUCACAACGUUCCUUUAUCACACUAGGCCUUAUGCUGUCGCUAAAUUUGGUACCGUUUAAGCUCCAUUUUCACGGUAUUAUUUCUAGUUUCAUUCAGUUGUUUUUCUUUUUUAUUAACGGGAUUAAUUAUACAGAUUGAGUUAGCCUCGAAGUACAUAAGUUCGAGACUUGUGUUUCGAGAUACUAACUCAACGAUAUGUACUACAUAAGUACAUUAUA